AUGGAGAAGAAGAAUUCCACCCAAACCAACAUGUUUCUCUUGUUAGGAUUCCCAGGCCUGGUGGACUUCAAGGUUCUACUCUUCACAGUAUUGCUGCUGACGUACGUUGUAACGGUGGUGGAGAACGUGCUCAUCAUUUCCCUGAUCAAAGCAAACCGUGAACUCUGCAAACCCAUGUAUUUCUUUCUUGGUCAGCUGUGUUUCAUUGAGGUCUGGUACAUCUCCGUCACUGUCCCCAAACUCUUGGCAAACUUCAUUGCAGAAGACAGGAGCAUUUCCUUUGCGGGAUGCAUGACCCAACUCUUUUUCUUCAGUUCUUUCAUAUGCACUGAAUGUGUCCUCCUCUCUGCCAUGGCGUACGAUCGCUAUGUGGCCAUCUGUCAACCACUACGCUAUCUCCUCAUCAUGACGUACCAGAUGUGUGUAUGCCUGAUAGCUCUCUCCUGGUUCACUGGGUUCACUGUGUCCUUGAUCAAGAUCUCCUUCAUCUCUCAGUUGGAGUUUUGUGGUUCCCAUGUUAUUAACCAUUUCUUCUGUGAUAUCAGCCCAGUGCUAAACCUUGCCUGCACUGAUAUGUCAGUGGCAGAGAUGGUGGACUUUGUGUUGGCUUUGUUCAUCCUGCUUGUUCCCCUCUCCAUCACUGUUGUCUCCUAC